AUGAGGCGCUUUGCCGCGACCAUUGCUGCGGCUGUCGUCCCGCCAUCCGAUGGGAUCAACCAAACCGGCUUCCACUAUAAUCUCACCAACGCGGCAAGAUUGGGAGACAUAGACCCCCGCUUCACUACCGAUUACCGACAGGGGCAAGCAAGGCUCUCGGCUACAUCAUGCCUCAUGAACGCAGCCAACGCCAUGAUGGAGCUAGCACUCGAAAACUUCACGGAGUCAAUUCGCCCUCGAGAUUACACGGAUCCUGGCUAUCCCGAGGUCGUAGUCGUGCCUAUGACUAUGGCGCCAGGGCAAGGGAUAGAGGCGCGGUAUCUGUUGUGGGGUGUAUGGAAAGGAAUAAGGUGGAUGAUCAGCCACCAGAGUUUCCGGGACCUCGUGAUCGGUGCGUACUGGGACGGGAUCCUGAUGUGCAGAAUUUGGAUGAAGGGGAGGCAAUUAAGUAUUGCUGGAAGCAAUGAUACUCUGGGCCUCACAGCGCGGUCAGAAAAGAUGUCCAUUCGCAACGCCACGGUGGAAUUUACGCAAGACUUGAGCAAAUUGGACGUCAGAAAUCCAUUGAACGACCAGCAUCUGACAGUAUCGGUGACCCAGGUUGGGGAAAUGCUUGGUAUCACGGAAGUCUUCGUCGCCAUUUUUGCGACUUUGGAAUAUAUUGCCCAGUUUCCAAGCACUGAUCGAGUGGUCGGAUUCCAGAUUUCUCCAGACGAUGAAGACACAACGAUUGGAUUCCUGGGUCAUCCUCGGGCUCCUGCGGUCAGAACACCAUCCUUGGAGUACCAGUGGGUCAUCCUGAGCGUAGGACAGAUUCCUGGGUAUUUGUUACAGCAGAGGAGGUUCACGGAAGUGAUUAUCGAGAUUGCUGUAGACGGAGUCCCGCUUGGGGAAGGAUUCAUGUUCAAAUAA